UUACGUAUAUUUUUCAACAAAAGUGGCUUCCCCCAUUGCCUCGCCAUCGUUUUCAGCUUAGCUCUCUCUCUCUCUCUCUACGUCUAUACUAUACAUUCAUCAAUUUCUUCCUUUCUCUGUCUACAGAAUCUCAUUCCCAAGCAGUUGAGCCGAAGAAGAUUCGUUGCUCGUAGUGGCGCGCUUAUCCUUCCAUGUGCGAAGUUGGUCUCGGCUGUUUCUCGUCGGAACAGGGCCUGCGUGGAAGCGUCUUCGGCGCUUCGCUUCUCCAGAUCCAAUUCUUCGCAAAGACUACUUCUGGUCAGUGAUUGAGAGAACAGAGAUCAACAGCAUACCAUAUAUAUUAUGCCCAGUACAGGUGGAGAGUGGGAACCAAAUUGAUCCGGUGUUAAUGUGAUCCCUUUUUAAUUGGAGUAAAAACAUGGAAAUUACAGUUGUCAAAGCAGAAAAAGACAAUCAAAAGAAAGAAAAUCCGUCAGAGAGCAGAAGUGAGGACAUGGAACUAGCAGGUGAGAGUAGUUUGUCCAAAAGGUUGGUGAAAAAGUCAAAGCCUAAAGAGAUGUUGGUAUUAAAUGCUUUGCUAUCACAGUGUGGUGAAAGUUGUGUUAAGCAAUCAUCAUUUCGACGAAUUCUAAGAUUAAAAAAGAGGAUGCCUAAGCAUAUAAUUAGUCUUGACGAGAAGUAUCUUCGGCAUUGCUUGGAAUUGAUGUAUGUCCAUGCAGCAAAAACAGCUUCAUGCAGUAUUCACGAGAGAUUGUACUGUUCACAGACGGGUAAUUUCUUAGACAGCCCAAAUGCACUGAAAAUUGGAAAUAGGUAUACCUGUGAUUUAACUAAAUUUGUUUUCAAGUGCCCAUUGGAAGUGGGGACUGGGAGUCUUGUUAUAAGCACUGCAGGGGAAUGGAUAGUUGGUACUAUCAUGGGGAGCAAGAGUAUGAUGAACAUAUUGAAUAGCCCUUUAUUUAGCAAAUUUGGUGUUGUAGAGGGUGGGAUCAACUUUGGGAAGACAAAUCUAAGUGAUGCCAAGAAGUCAGUGGGUUCUAAUUUUUUGAGUUCUCCUGGUUGGUUUAGUAUUAGUUCAUCACAAAAGCUAGGGAAGAAGACUUUGCUACUCGGAAAUGAUAGGCAUGGAUCUGAGACUGUACACAAAAGGAUAGUUUCUCCAUCAAGCACAAACUCUACCUUAUCAGAUCAGUCUUCCUCUUUGAUACCGUCUGGUUUUACUCAAGCAAUGCUCCAAUGCACAUUGAAGGAUGGCUUCCCUCAUUAUGUCUUCUCGUUAGAUAAUCAGAAGGAAGUCUAUCUAGCAAAUUUGUGCAAGGCCAAGUCACCUGAUGACAAGGUAUUUGAUCAUAUGUACAUGUUUCAUUCACAAGAUGGCGGCAGAAAACAACAUGAUAUUUGUACUAAUGAGUCAGCUCUUGUUGGUAGGAUGAGAGUAUCUACAACAGUUACACUCUGUCCAGAUAAUUCUGAAAUUAAGGAGACACAGUUUGUUUUGUUUGGUUCUGAUGAGAUUUCUGAGACAGAUGUGCGAAGUUCUGGCCUUAACCCUAAGAAGAGUAAAGGGUUGUCAAGGAAGAUGGCUGAAGUAUUCAAAACUGGCCACCCAUCUAGGGAAAGGAGUUCCUUCAAGUUCACAGGGGCGAGCACCAUACAUGAAAACUUUUCUGGGAAAGGAUCUUCCGAUUUAAUCACUGUUCCCAGUCCACUAGGUGCAGUCAAUCUUUCAGAUAAUCAGUUUCCACCAAAUCUUGAAUUGGCUGCCAUCAUUGUUAAAAACCACAUACAUCCUACACGUCAGGAGGUAAAAAUUGGAGGAUGGGGCCUAAAAUUUCUCAAGAAAGUUGAGAGUAAGGAGGGUAUUGCUUCUCUAGAAGUCCCACCUUCUGAGAGUUGCUUGAGAAACAUGAAUGAUUGUUCAACAAGCGUGGAUGUUUUAAUCCCAGCAGGUUUUCAUGGCAGGCCAAGAAGCAGAAUUGGUGGCCCUUCGAGCCUCACGGAGAGGUGGAGAUCUGGUGGUCUUUGUGACUGUGGUGGCUGGGACAUUGGGUGUCCACUCACAGUACUCAACACUAGACACAGCAAAAAAGAAGUUUUGCCCCAGGCUGACACGCAGGGGGAAUGCCAGUCAUUUGAUUUAUGCAUACAGGAUUCAUCGCAAGGGACUCCUAUAAUGAAGAUGGUGAACGUGCGUGACAGGUUGCAUUUUGUUCAUUUCCAGUCAACUCUGUCAGCUUUACAGUCUUUCUCAAUCGCGGUUGCUAUUCUUCAUACUCAGAGUCCAGUCCCCAAACCAAAGGUGUACAGGAGUUGAAAUUGCGAGAUUCAAAGAGGUUCAUGUAGCUAUAGUGAUUGAAUUAUAUAUACAGGGAUUGAGGUGUUUGUUGUUAUGCAUUGUGAGUACCGAUUUUAUAUUACUAGAUUGUUGUCUCCUAUUCAGGGUAAUUGUUAGCAGCAGAAUUAAUUAAGUUCUUGUCAGAUGUCUCGCUCUUGUCUGAGCGAGACAUAGAUCUUGUAACUGGCCUUUUCCUGACUCGCCGUACAACAUAAUUCCGAUAUUCUAAUGUUAAUUUGAUUCAAAGUUUUGCCGAUUAAUA